CCAUGCUCCGGGUCAUGAAUCUCAACAACACCGACGUAGAUCGGGAAGUGAACUGAGAAAGUGUCUAUAAAAGCGAGCUCGCUAUGGAUCAUGAUGAGUUACAACAACAAUCACUCCUCCAUUCAUCACCACUUCCAUCUCGAAAACAAUCAAUAUGUCCGUCCCCUUCGACCUCGCAAAGCCAAACAGGACUAUUCACAUCGGUGUCAUUCUGAUGAACAGCGAGACCGAGAUUCUCGACGUCGCUCCCAUUGAUUUCUUGUACGGGCUCUCCAAGAAAGCAUGGAAGAGCAGCUUCGAAGGCAUUGCGCCUGCAAAGCUCGAGUCGGAGACAAUUGAUAUGGAAUUUCAUUGGGUUCAUGAGAAUGGGACUGAUUCUCCCUGUAUCUUGACAAGCGGUAUCAAGCUUGUGGCUACGGACUCUUUUGAUACUUGCCCUCCGCUGGAUAUCGUUCUCAUGGGCGCAAACUCUGCUCGCUAUACCCCCAAUGAAGCUGAGCUUGCCUUUGUUCGCAAAGCCUACGACGAAUGUUCCGCUUUCCUCAGCAUCUGCGGCGGCGUCCUCAUUCCUCUGCAGGCCGGUAUUUUGAACGGCAAAACGGCCACGGGCCCGAUUGUUGUUCUCGAGACUGUCCGAACGCAAGCCCCAGAGGUCAACUGGGUCACUAAGCGCUGGGUCAGAGAUGGAAAACUGUGGACAAGCGGUGCGCUCCUCAAUGGUACGGAUAUGAUGACCAAUUUCAUGAAGCAUUACUGGAGCGGUGAAGGUGGUUUUGUCGACUUUUUGAGCAAGCUUGGUGCCUGGCCUGAUCGCGAUGUUGAUUAUAAGGAUGCUGAUUUCAGUGGGCUUUUGUGAUAUGCGCAUUUGUCCAUGUUUGGCGACUGUGAUGAAAGAUGAAAGUCAAUCAAGCUGUUGUAUAUUUUUAAGUUGGAAUAGUUCUUAAAUACAGUCCCUACGGCAUUGCUG